AUGCAUGCUGUUUCGACGAUGACUGCUACUGUUGGUCGCUAUCGACGAUUUUCUGCACUAGUUGUCGCUGGGAAUGAACGAGGUAUCUGCGGCGUUGGAAAGGCUAGAUCGGUCACUUUGCGUGGAGCCCUAAAGCGAGCAAAACACCGAGCUUUCCUCAACCUCGUUUCCUUUAAUUUGAAAGAGAAUCGAACGCGUGCUCCUCGAGAUUCUGAUUCACGACUGAUAAUAAUUGCAAAUUUCCUUACAGGAUAUGGUUUAGUGUGCCACCGUGCAAUCAAGACAUUGUGUGAUCUUAUCGGUAUCAAGGAUCUGCACGCCAAGGUGGAAGGGAAUACAAAAAACUACCUCUCCAUCGUGCGCGGCUUUUUGCGCCUACUAAAUGAACAGGACGUCUCUAACCGCCUAGGUAUGCAUGUGGUGGAGUUUAGCGAGGACUUCAACUUUGUGCCAAGAAUCCUCGCCUCGCCGCGGACGGGCAUCACUCAGGACUGCGUCAGUUACACCGGACUGAAGUCC